AACUGAAGCACGGGUAGGGGAGAGUGGGGUAAGUUGAGCCAGAGGGUAAGUUGAGCCACCCCCUGUUGCUUGGAAAUGGUCAAAGAAAUUGAUCAUGUGGACAAAUAUUUAGGAGAUGGGCAUCAAUUCAUGGAGUCUGUUAGAAGGUUAGAAGAACAUGGGUGAAGGGGUUAGACAACAUUUAAAGACAGCUUUUAAAACACGUGUUUGAUAACAGAGCUUAGAAAAAUGCACUAAUCUCUCACUGAAAACACCCAUAAAAGUAAAACAAUUUCACCUAAGAUGGGCCAGAUCAUUUCCAAAUACUUUAUGUUUCACUUUAGUAUUCAAAUAGGUAAUAUUUGAUAUAUAUUUAUAUAUAUAUUUUAAGGGUUACAGUGACUAUCCUUUUCACGAUCUCUGACUGUCUUUUGCUGCCUGUUUUUUGAGUGCAGAGAGUAAAAACAGGCUUCUCUUUCAGUCUCUGUUUAUUCUCAGCUCUCUAAAACUCAUCCAAACUCAUCACAAGAUGUUACCAGCUUUUAUAUAACAGUAAAGUGGGUGAAACAGACGGCUGGAGAGACGCCAGGUCUCCCCAGUGGUAUUGACACAAAAUAAGAAGGGGGGGUGGACAGAAACAGAGACAGAGAUGGGACUAAAUGAUGAGAUGAGCAGGAUGGAGAGGAAACAUUUGGUGAUUGGAGCGGAUUAGAGGAUUAGUGACACAGCUGACCCCACUGAGAGUCUCCAUCAGCAUCCCUCUACACUCUGUGUGCGUCUUUGUAUCCAGCCAUCAUCAUCAUCAUCAUUGUAAGCGUAGACAGAAGAAACGAUGAUGCUCCAGGAUGAGGACGUCUGGGUCUAACAGUCUCAGAGAAGGUGAGUUGGACAUUUUGAAAAAGAAAUAUAUUUGGAUGGUUUCAUAAUUUUUGUCAGAUUUUCUCUUAGAGCUAGGGAUUAAUUUUUUUUUAAACCAAUUUUCCAGCUUUGUUUGUGUGAUAUAAUGCAGAGAAGACACACUGAAAACAUCAACAAUACAGAUGUCAGAGAUAAAAUCUUAGGGAGGGUCUACAAAGUAGCUUUAAGGACAGAAAAAAAUGGAGGAAACACAGAGAUUGAGUCUGUUUAAGGGUAAAGAUUCAACUCAAAUCACAGGAUAAUCAAUAAAAUGUUGUAAGACCCAUAAGAAUAAAUAUGUAUUGCUGUUUUUCCACAACACUUUGAAUCAUAAAAUGUUGUAAAGUGUUGUGAAUAAAUGAAAAGAAACGGCCUGUGUCUUCUAUAGUCAAUUUAGAGUAAAAUAGAAAUAAAAAUCUAAAUAACAGUAUGGUCUUAAUACAUCGUUUCUGUGUGUGUACAUCAAACAGACUCAGUGAAUUUGUCUCCUCUGCUCUCUGUGACUAUGAUUAUGUAAUUAUAUUCACAUGGGAUGGGGAGGAUGAAUCAGAUGAGGCCAGAGUUAAAACAAGCGGGACAGCUACAAAGAAGAUUUAAAGUAUGUCACUUAUGUAAGGCUGGAAAUUUAGCGACUGUUUUUUUCUUUAGUGUAGAUUUGUGGACCAGAUAGAGGACUUGAAGACAAAAUGUUACAAAAUGAAGGAGUCUUGGAGAUGUCAAAAAGUUCCAGCUAGAUAGCGAUCAUGAAUUCUUUAGUAACCCUAACCCUGGAGAACUCAGCUGGGUGAUGUGUGACGUUUAUGAAGAAGCUAUCAGUGUCAAACUCAGCUUCCAAUUAAUUUGAUUUCAUAUUAAUACCCCAUUGUGUUAAAAUAGAAUAUAGACACAGUUUCAUUUACAAAAAUGACAUUGGUUGGUGACCAACAGUGGUUGGUGACAGGGCUGCGGUUUAGACAUUGAUAUUGACUGACUAGUUAUUCUGGUGUCUACUAAUGAGGAUAAAGAUGUGUAAUCAAUUACUGACUAAACCUGCAAAUCUCUUGUAGAAGUAUAAUUAAAGAGAGAACUACACCAUCCUUGGUUUAACUGCAGUAAGAGUGUUGUUAGCUCAGAUAUUUAUUGAUCAAAGUUGGGGGUUCUUGAGCUCGAUCUGAUGCUUUACAGUGGAACCAAAUAAAAAUCUGCAAAAUCAACAAACACAUGCUUCACAAACUGAACCAAAACCAUGUUCUCCUUUUGUUUUCAUACUUUCUGUUGCAGGAAAAAGUGAAGAGAAAAGCAGAUUUAAACAACCCACCUGCAUUUAUCUUUACACACUCCUCUGAACACUCCUCCUUUCCUCUCUCCAUCCAGACAAGCAUGUGUCUCCUCUCCCCAUCACUUCUUCUUUUCCUGCUCGCCUUUCUCUCUCCUCAAUCUCUCCUCCCAUCCGCCGAGGCCUCACGGUUGUGUCCGUACAUGUGUACCUGUUACGAGCACGCUGACCUGGUGGACUGCCACAGCCGGGGGUUUGAGCACGUUCCCAGGGGUCUCCCUCACGGUACAUGGCUGCUGGAGCUGGGAGGAAACAACCUGAGUGAGAUCAACACCAGAGCGUUCACCGGACUGUGGUCUCUGAGGGUUCUGGUGCUGACCAACAGUCAGAUUCGAGAAAUACAUUCACAGGUAGGAAUAACAGGGCAGAGGGUUUGUCAUUAACAUCAGGAGGAGUAUUUUAUAAACAGGAUUAGAUGGUCUGCUCUUGAGGUUUACUGUUCUGAGAGUAACAGCUGAAACUGGAGGGAUUAAAGAGUCUGUGUGUCAACUGAAGCAUUGAACAUGGACAUUCACAAAUUAAUCACUCAGAUAUAUGCAUUCAACUGACAGCUAAUAUCAACACUCAUGGUCAUGAAAAAGUUCAUUGACUCUGUGGUUUGGGUUUGUUUGAUGUUCUCUCACCAAUCCUCUGCAGACAGGAGCUGCAUUUGUCGACAGAGCAGUCAAGCAUGAUAUCACAUCCCUCUGAUUAAAACUACACUUAUCCAAAGACUGAACAGUUGCACAAUAAUUGCUGACUAUAAUGAUAAUUGUUUGUGAGAAAAAAUGAUUCUGAGUGUAUUUUGAUUGUUAGGAUUCACCCAUCUGUUCUUACCUGUCUGUUCACAUCUCCCUGCUGAGGCCAGUCAGGAGGGAGCGCUCAGAGUGUUUUGGUUUCACCUUUAGGAAGCUAUGAAAUCUUUUUUAGAAAACAGCCCAGUAACUUAGUUUAACUAAAGUUUAACCCACUUGUAAUUCUUUAAUUUGUGAAUGUACAGCCCAUUUUUGGUCCAAAUCUCACCAUUAAAGAUCAUGGCUUUUAUUUUGAUUGGUUUAAUUGUAGCAGGAACUCCCUGGUCUACCUGGAGUUAGUCUGGUCACCACAUGUGUCAAAACGCUGAACUGAUGGCCAUAGAGACAAAAAAAGAGUCAGAGCGAAAGUUUCCUAUUAUUUCUCUCACUUUCUCUCUCUUUAGGCAUUUUUCUCCUUGUCUUUCGUGGAGAAACUGGAUCUCAGUUGGAACCAGUUAACAUCUCUACCUGCUGACUUCUCUACGAGUCUGUCUGCAGUCAGAGAGCUGCGACUGGAACACAACAGCUUGCAUUAUAUAUCUGGAUUCAGGUACAUGUGUGUCUGAUUGCAGCUUUCCAGCACAUUGUCUAAUGGUCAGCAUGACUCACAGUGUCAUAAAAUAUCUUUAUAAUGAAGUGUCCAUCCUCUCUGCUGUCAGCUUUGAGUAUCUGGACAACAUGGAGAAGCUGGACCUCAGUCAUAACCAGCUGGCAACUAUCGGCCCUGGUGUGUUCAGGGGCCUCUCCAGACUCCGACAGCUCUACCUGCAAAACAACAGGCUGACUGUGGUUCAGCAUGGGAGUCUGGACAUGCUGCCAGGACUAGAGGUAAAUGAAUAACUUUUGAUUGGCUGUAAAAAGUGACCAGUAUGUCUGUUGGUCUGGUAACCUGUCUGUGUUUGUCCCUUUAGCUACUCCAGCUGAGUAACAACAACAUCUCUCAGAUCGACGGUGAUGCGCUGGCUCCUCUCUACAGCCUGGCAGUCCUCGCUCUGGAGGGAAACAACCUUCAUCACCUCAAGUUUAAGACCUUCAUCAGCCUCCAUACAACAGCCACACACAUCCAGUUAGCAGGUCUGUAAUAUACUUCUCUGUUAUCCGUGUUCAUCUUGUGUUUAGGUAGGAUUAGUUCCUGACAAUGCCGCCCAUCUGUUACCCUAGAGUAGACAACUUCAUGAUCUACUCUGCAGCCUGUCCAGGUGGGGUGGGGGGCUCUUAAUACUUUGGGGGUCGCUGUUAUAGUUCUUCAGGUAUCCAUAGACUGGAGCCAAGCAAAUGUGCAAUCUGUUUGGUCCACCUUCCCUCAGAUAGAUUUCCAGAAAACAAUUUAUGGGAAAAUCUUGGAACCUGGAGGCCAUCACUCAAUGAUUAUGCAACCUCUUUGAAGGAUUUAUCAGGGGCAGGUUUUUCAGAUAGGGGGUUAGGGGUUUCUGGGCCAGGACCUCCUCUUCCAUGUGCCGUUAACUCUGAAGAAACUCUGUGUUUCUGAUAUUUAAGAUUUAAGUAAGGCUUUUGACACAGUUGAUCAUUAAUUUUUUUAAAGAGGCUGACUAAUGCUGCGUUCCAGUUACCUCGGAAGUCAGAUGUCUGAGGUAGGAAUGACGUUACACCCGUUUUGAUGGCGUUCCAGUUAACAAGUCGGAAAACCAAGAUGGACGCCUACAGUUAGCCGUUGUUAGCUGCUGUUUACAAUUGUCAGCUGUCAUUAGCGGUUGUCAGCUGUUGUUAAACGCCAAACAGUAUAUUACUCGACAAACACUGUAGCACCGUGUUCAUAGUUAGACGUUGGGAUGUACUACAUAUAUCACUUAUUUAAUUUUACAAAAACAAACCAGAAGUGCUAAUAAAGGAGAGCUUUUACUGUUCCUCCUAAAUGUUGAUGCACUGCGCUGCCAUCUUGGAUUAUGACGUGGUCUUCAAGUCGGGGUUGGUGAGGAUUGUUCAACUUUCCGAGUCGGAAAUCCGACUUCAUGGGGGCGUUCCAGAUGUAUUUCUGACUCAGAGCUCAGAAAUUCUGACUUCCAAGUACAAAUGGAACGCAGCACAACAAUGGGGUUUUACCAUGGACUGUAUAAUAAAUGGAUCUGUUGUGAAGCAGAGUUGUAAAGCAUAUCAGUAUAUAUUGCUUCAUAAACCGCUUUCUUAUUUAUGUUCUUUAACUUCUAUAUCAGUCAGUGGCUACAGCUCUCAGUUUUAUCCACAAAUUGUGAAUUUUAUUCUUCACUAUAUCUGCUUUUAAUGUUUCAUACCAUAAUCUUGGUCUAAGCUACAAACUCUAGAUUCACCUUCCAUGAUUUUAUCCCAGGUAACCCGUGGAGCUGUGACUGUGAGCUACAUCGUGUUUUCAGUAAGAUCCUGCACGUUCGACACCUCCACAUCGACGACUACCGCAAUGUGACGUGCAGGGACCCUCCUCAGCUGGCGGGGGCUUCCCUGGCCUGGGUGGACAGCCAGCUCUGCGUGGCAGAAACAGCGACUGUGCUGGUCAUUACCAUCACCGUGCUGGUCACGGUGGUCGCGGCGCUGGUGAUGGCGGAGAGGAACAGGAAGAGGACUCAAGGGAAGAACUGGGACACUGAGUCGCAGGCGCAAAGUUAGAAACCUGAUAGAUCAUGGAAGACGAGGAGCAAUAAUGAUGAUGUGGAGAUUCUGAGAGACUGAAGUGUAAAAUCACCCAUCAUGAGAAACAACAUGGUCGCCACAAACUGAAUGAACCAUAAACACAGAACUGGAGGCAAGUCAUUCACAGUAUCUUGUUCGCCAAAAUGACAAAAGAGUCAUUAAAGGUAUGGUCUGAGUACCUCCACUUUUACACAGUUUACAGUGUAUUUAUUCACCAUUUAGUAAGGGAUGAUGUUAAGUAAGUGGGUGAUUACACAAAUUAAAGCCCUAGCAGGGUGAGAUGGACCAUGCUGUCACCAUACAUCAUGUUUAUUGCCCGGCGAUAAUAAGAUAACACAGAUUAUUGAUUUGAAAAUGAUUAAACUGUUCAGCUGAAAAAAGAAAAGAUUGAUCCAACAUUUACUGGUAUCAAAUUCUCAUGAGCAUCCUUGUGGGACAAUUUACUGUCAAACAAAGCAUUUCAAAUAAAUCAAGUUAAGACAUUAACUUUUUUUUAAUAUAAAAUCCCUUUAAAACCGAACAUUUUAGGCAAAGUUAACAUUAGACAAGUUUAAAGAUAUUUCUUUAGGAAUAUUUACGUUGACAUUUGUGUCCUCAUUUAACGCUCCCUCUAAAUGAGGCACAUAUCACAAAUUUUAACAUUGUUAUUUUCACCACCAUUUAUGGUUUAAGUUUCUCCGUAGAGAUCAGCAGCUGGAAAAGGCUCUCGCCAGCUCUGCUGCCAGUGCACAGAUUGCAGGACAUGAAGCUUCUCUAUUUUUAACAAUGUAAAGAUUAUUUCUGCAUGGUUCAUAUUUGUAUAAAAAAACACUGGCAGAGGAAGGUGUCAGGUAGAGUGAAUAACUUCACACUGCAAUAACAUUAUUUUCCAAGGCCAAGAUUUUUAGUAUGUGCCACAUUUCACUGUUUCAUGACAUCUAGACAAGAUUUUUUGGUGUUUAAAAAGAGAGAACAAAACCAGUAACGCUAUAUCAAAUUUCUCCACAGGGGGGCAAAUUCAACACAAACUGGAAGUUCCAAACAGGAGCUUUAGUAUUGGCUUGUUUUUUGUAGCACAUAUAUCAUUUGAGUUUUUUAGUUUUGGUUGUUGGAGCUGCUUUAGUGAACCGCAAACAUGAUUAAAUAAAAAAGGAUGUCAUGCCGUCUUCUUUGUUCCCUCUCUGUCUCGGCCUAGUGCUCUUGUCUGCUGGAUUUAAUCUCAGCUGUUUACAUUUUCUGUCCAGUCUUCUAUGAUCAAAAGAGGAGUGUUACAAAACUGGACUCUCAUUCAGACUUCUUCAUCUAUUACUAACAGUUAUCAACCAACAUGAAAAACAUACAAUCAAACAGGAAAACAUCCAUGUAUUUCUUUUCUAGAGCAUCUACUCUUACUCAGUGUAUCACAUGCCUGUGACUGUGUGCAGUCUGAACAAAUAAAGCUUUCAAUUUCA